CAUCAAAUAGGAAAAAACAUAGAAGAAAAACCUAAUACCAUCGACCUACCCAAUAGACCCAGUCGAUCGUCAUGGCAACUAGAGGCAUACUCUCACUACGAUUCAACCAAGACCAAGGUUGCUUCAGCUGUGGAACGGAGACUGGUCUCAGGAUCUAUAAUGCAGACCCUCUUGCUCUCAAGCUGAGAUUAGACAAGGAGGAUGUUGGCAGUGUUUCUCAAGUUCAGAUGCUUCACAGAACAAACCUUAUUGCUGUUGUGGCUGGAGGUGGGACCCCCAAGUUUGCAGAGAAUACAGUUCUGAUAUGGGACAACUUGAAGAAGAAGUUUAUCUUAGAAUUCACCUUCCCUGGCCUAGUACUUGCUGUUAGACUAACAAGAGAGAGAUUAAUAGUAGCACUGCGGACCAAAGUCUUUGUGUACAGCUUUCCUGAUAAUCCUCAGAAGUUGAUGGCCAUUGAUACUCGACCAAAUCCCAAUGGUAUAUUAGAAGCAUGUCCCACAUCAGAUCACCCCUUAAUCGUCUUCCCGGGCCACAAGUCAGGCAGCAUCCAGCUAGUUGACCUCUCUCUGGCACAGCCAGGAAAGUCGUCUGCUCCAGUCACCAUCAACGCACACCAGGGUGAUAUUCACUGUAUAGCAAUCAACCAAGAGGGCGGUCUUGUCGCUACUGCAUCUACAAAGGGUACUCUUAUUCGAGUGUUUGACACGCACAGCAAACGUCUAGUCAUUGAGCUUCGUAGAGGUUCAGACCCCGCUACAUUAUACUGUAUAAACUUCAGCAAUGAUUCUGCCUAUCUCUGUGCAUCCAGUGACAAGGGAACGGUUCACAUCUUUGCUUUGAAAGAUUCAUCAUUGAACAGACGGUCAUCGCUUGCCAAAGUUGGGCUAUUAGGACCGUAUGCAGAAUCCCAGUGGGGGCUCACAAACUUCACCGUCCCAGCCGAAUGUGCCUGCAUAUGCGCCUUUGGUCCCCAAUCAUCCGUCAUCGCUGUCUGCAUUGAUGGAACAUUCCACAAAUACGUCUUCACGCCGGAGGGAGGCUGCAAUCGCCAGGCGUACGAUGAGUACCUGGAACUUGGAGAUGAUGAUGAGUUCUGAUGGGGAUCAAGCACCCUCCUAAGGUUCUAUGCCUCUGGAUGAUCCAAGAACGUUAUUCAGGUUUGGAGUGUUAGAGAAGACAUGAAAUGUUAAAUGUGCAGUCAUCGCUGCUGCUACCUGAAAUGCCACUGGGUGAUUAAGAAAUGUUUGCAGGUAUUCAGUGUUAUGUACAUGAACUGUUCUUGAAGUGCAGUCAUGGCCGAUGCUAGCUUGUCAGAUCUGUUACUGAGCCUCUGCUGACAGGCUCUCACUGAUCAUAUGCAAAUAUCAAUGCAGGUGUUUCCAAUGAUAUGCUCACUUUAUAAUUUUUCAACCAUAACAUAAAUUUUCUCAAUAUUUUAGAAAUUUCAUCUGAACAUAUAGCCUUGGUAAGUGCAGUCCAAAGUAUCGUGGUAAACAUGGCCAUGUGAUGGUACCAUUGUCAAUCUAAUAGAAAAUCACCAUUCUAAGAAAUGUAACUUUGAAAUUCAAAGGUCUGGGGUUUUGGGUGGUGAUGCGUGUAGAUAUUAUUCAAAUUUGCAAUGGAACAAUAGCAAUGAUAUUGAGAAACAAUGGCCAAUAUGUUCCGUUCAAAAUUCUGAUUUUGAAUUGAUACCAAAUGUGAGUUUGUGGAGAUUACCAUCCACACUGUCAGAUGCCUGUUUAUAACUGUUGAUUUAAAAGAAAGUAUGUCCAGAAUGAUUUGUGCAAAGUGAUCAUACUAGAUAGCCUCGAAUUUAUUUCCAUUCUUAGGAACUCCUUUUAGACCUUACAUCAGAGUGUUGAAACUCUUGUUGAAGCACUCCUCAGGAAGCAGAGAAAGUAUUACAUUGUGUGCAAUGCAAGUGAGAAUCCAAUGACUGGGGAAAAUGAUAUAUAUAAAGUGCUGUAAUA